CACCCAUUAGAGAAGCAUACGUCAUUGACUUGCUUGCAAUCUCUCACUCAUCAACCCUUCUCUUCUCUCUUCUCUCUUCUCUCUCUCUUUCUUUACCUUCUUCUGCAAAAAAACAAACCUCUUCAAUGGGUUGUGCUGGAUCCUCUCAGUCCAAGGCUGAUGGGACUGUAAAAAAGAUCCGAAAGCCUAAGCCAUGGAAGCAUCCUCAGCCCAUAACAAAGACUCAGCUAAUACAAUUGCGUGAUGAGUUUUGGGACACAGCUCCUCACUAUGGUGGCCGGAAAGAAAUUUGGGAUGCUCUUCGAGCUGCUGCAGAAGCUGAUCUAUCUUUAGCACAAGCAAUUGUGGAUAGUGCUGGAGUCAUUGUCCAGAGUUCUGAUUUGACAGUAUGCUAUGAUGAAAGAGGUGCAAAGUAUGAGCUGCCGAAGUAUGUUCUGAGUGAGCCAACUAACUUGAUUCGAGAAAGCUAAUAACAAGGAGUAAAUAUAGUAAACAUUCAUGGGAAGAAGCAUAUUGUAAAUCAUGUAUAUUUUUAUCUCAUUGAUUUGGUUGGUAACUUUAAUAGGGUAGUAACUUUUUUCAUUUCCAAAUGUACUCUCUCACCCUUGACAUAUCUACCUUUAUGUUUCCUCAAUCAAAAAUUGAACAAAAAUGAUGUCUGUUCUGUGUAUCAGAUGAUGAUGAAGUAUCAUCACUUUUAGGCAAAUACAUACUCCAUUUUGUAUCUUCCUUGAUGAGUGAAGUGCUAUAUGAUAAUUAAUUACUUAAAACAUUGAUUUUAAA